AUGGGUGUACAACUACGCAAGAGAGAUUGCAUUCAGUAUGAUGCUUGGACGUAUGAGUGUGAUGGCGACGGCGGGUUUUGGUACAGCGAUACAGGUGUAAUGGUCAAAUGGAUAAUCCUAGCCGUCCUCUUCCUAGUCUUCACACUCUGGUUUGUCGGCGGAUACAUGCACGCAAAGCGGCGGCUGAACAAGGGGUUACCCGUGUUGAGAUACCAUCGCUUCCUCGUCCCCUACAACCUGCGCUACAAAUACACCCAACCCCCCCAAAACCACUUCACCUUCUACCAGCAACAACAACAGCAAUCACAACCAUACGGCUACCCACAAGCAUACCCCUACCAACAACGCCACGACGAGCCGCCGCCACUGUACGCACACGAUGCGCCGCCGGGCUACUUUGCGCCGCAGGGGGCGAGCAAGAUGAACCCGGAUCAGCGGGCGGGCGGGGCGGUGGAGAUGGGCCAGUUUAGUGGUGAAAUGGCUGCUGGGGCACAGGGCGCACAGCAGAGCGGGGUGGUGGGGAGUAGUGCGGGGAACGCGGAUUUGGAGGCGCAGGGUCAAGCGUUGCCGCCGAGGCCGCAGCCGGCGAAGGUUGCGGUGAGGGGGUUUAUGGAUAGGUUUAGACGGUGA